AUGCGGUUCGUCCUCGCCGUCAUUGCUGCUUUAGCAUCAUCAAUCUUUGCCAUGCCCGCUGACGUGACUGGCGCCUGGCCCCCUAAAUGUCCUACUUUUUGCUCCACUGAUGAAGAUUGCAAGGACUGCUGUAUGCCAUGCGUGAGCACAGUAGUUUUCCUGGGUUCGAACUUUGAUGACAUGCUAGUCACCUGCAUAGAACCUGCACGUGAGUCGUGUUUCUGCUUUCACAUAGGUGCAGUAAGGCCGUUGGCACUGACGCGUGAGUUACUAGUGAUUUGGACAGUUGAUCAACGCGCCGUCAGGAAAUAUUGGUGUAUUUGGCGUAAUUUUCGUUUUUAGAAAUGUUAGAUGUGACGUGUAAGGACACAAAGAAUCGCGUGUUGAUCAGUACACGGCGCAGUGUCAGUGACUGUUGCUCCUGCUGAAUCACCGUGGACGGGCUUGUAGAUUGUACA